UUUGCUCAGAGCGGGAGCUGCUACAUCAUCACGCUCCAUUUGACGCGGUGUGUGUCUUUUCUACGUAUUAUUUAAACAGACAGAGUGACAGAGAGAUUCUGGUGAAUAAUAGGGACAGUUCUUUUUGGUGGUUGGUGGGGUGGAUGACAAUGAAUAUGUAACCGGCCGUGAAAAUCCCCCCCUGUCGCCUGUGAAAAUUAUUUGAUUUCAUCGAGAGAGUGCCACCACACAACGCACUCUCCUCCAGCGCUCUACUGCCUGCCAUUGGGAAUUUAAAAGCCGCGCGUCACAAUCAACGAUGAAGUGGCUAAAAGCCCUGCAAUCCAUCAGCUUGUCUCCUCGCGACGAGUCUGAAUCGCCGACGCCGUCGCUCUCUUCGCUGCACUCGUCGUCGCUGUCGUCCGCCUCGUCGACGGCAUCGACCUCAUCAUCGCUGGAUCAUCAUCACCGCGGCCAUCAGCUCCUACUCCUCGAGGCGCCGUCAUCAAAGAGAGACGUGACAGAUGCGGAAUUCACGAUCGAGCCCGACAGCCACCGACUAGUUAUCCAACACGCGACAGGUGACAAAGGAGGAGGAUCAGGCCGUUCGCGCUCGUCGGUCGCCGGAGUGUCGCGCAACGGCGGAGGCGGCGGCGGCGGCGGCAGCAGCGGCAGCGACGACGAAAUAAACAGCAUCCACCGCAUCCUUCAGCAGCCGGAUGUCGAUUAUGAGCUGCUACCGUCGUCCAGCAACAACAGCAGUUCCUACGCCGCCGGUUCCAAUAUCAACAGCCAGAGGCAACCGACCAUUAGCAUCCGGACGAAAGAGAUCCGGUUGGUGCGCGAUGCCGGGAGUGCUGGUAGCGGUAGCGGCGGCGACGGCGGUUAUGGUAUUACGUUACGUUGCAGCAGCAGCAGCAGCAGCGCCUCCAACGGCGGCGGUGGUGGGGGUGAUUCCAACGGAAAGAGCGGACGAUCGUUUAUCAUCACUUUCGUCAAGCCCAACAGCCCGGCUGAUAGAGACGGAACCGUUCAGAUAGGAGAUCGCGUCCUAUCCGUCAACGGACGCGAGUUGGCCGGAUGCAGCCUCAUCCAAGCGCAGAAAUGGAUCCGGGAGACGGACAAGUUGUCGGCCGUCAUCGAGUACGACGUCGCCCUGGUCGACAGGAGCCAAUACGCCCACAGUCCGUUGCUGGUCGAAGUCGAGAAAUCACCUGGAUCUCUCCUGGGCAUCAACCUGGUGGCCGAAAACACCACGCCCAAAACCAAUAACCAGCGGGGAGUUGUCAUCGAGUCCAUCACCAGCGCAUCCAUCGCCGAAAGGUGCGGGGCUCUGCAUCCAGGCGACCAGAUCUUGGCUGUUGGCGAUGUCCGGCUAGACGGGCCGAGCGGUGUCGACGUCCAGGAAGUGGCGCGAUUGCUGCGCAGCAAUUACAGCGGCGACGUAGUCAAAUUGAUUGUCGCUCCGUCCGGAAUGCUGGGCCAGCGGAGGAACGGCGAGCACGGCAGCCGGAGAGGUUUGCUGCCGCCGCCCAGUCCCAGGCCGUCCCUGAACGGCACAAUGCGCAGCCGCCUGAGCAGCCGGACCAAGUCGCGAUCGGGGAUUCAGCGAAUGGAAAACUGCUCAACGCGAUUGGAAACGGCCUCGGUGGCCUCAUCCGGCCAGUCGGGAUCCAGCAAAGGUUCGUGCUCGAUGAGCAGCCCGUCCACCAGUCACGGCCGGGUGAUGCUCAGCCACCCGGAGUGGGUCACCGUCACCCUGCAGAUUGAUUGCCGCGGCAGCUACGGGCUGGCCUUAGGACGGGCGCCGGACCACGAAGCGCCCGUCGUCAUUAACGUCGAAUCAAACAGUCCCUGCGAUAGGGCCGGAUGCAUCCAGCCCGGUGACCGAAUCCUGCGCAUCAAUCAACAGAGUACGGCCGGCAUGAAUUUAGACGAAGUGGUCGAACUGAUGAGAGACUCUAAACCGCGGAUGACGCUCGACGUCGAGUUCGAUGUGGCCGACUCGGUCGUUCCGGCCACCGGAGUUUACUGGCUCAAACUGAUCAAACCGACCGGAUCGUCGUCUACCUUCGGCAUCACUCUCCAAGAUGAUGCCAAAGUACAGAGGACUAGCGACGGAAGCUUGGCCGUCAGUGCCGUUCUGCCGGGCUCGGUGGCCCAUCGAACGGGUUCCGUCCAAGCCGGCGAUCGCUUGUUGGCCAUCAACAACAGCCGCGUCGAGAUAUUGACCAUCGACGAGGCCCUUUCGGUCCUGCAGAGCGAGCAAAUCAUCCGGCUGAAAUUGCACAAAAGCCAGUCGGCGGAUGAGUUGCCGCAACAGGCCCCUGUCGUCUACACGGUGGAGCUCGUCCGGCAUGGAGGUCCUUUGGGGAUCACCAUUUCCGGCACCGAGAGCCCCGACGAUCCCAUCACCAUCUCCGGACUGACGGAAGGAGGACUGGCCGAAAGGACCGGAGCCCUUCACGCUGGUGACCGAUUGCUGGCCAUCAACGGCCGCUCCCUCCAGGGCAAACUCCUCUCCGAAGCCAUUGAGAUUCUCCAGAAUUCCGGCGACAUUGUGACGCUGAAAAUCGGCAAAUCCAACGCAAAAGUGCUCAACACGGGAGAACUUCAAAGAGAAGAUUACCUGCCUCUCAAGUUGCCUCCGCUGCCUUCCAUCGAUAGCGCCGUCGAAUCGUGGGUCAGCGGAGCCUCCAACCGGAACAACAACAACAACAACGAUUCGACGCCGAUUUACACGGCCGAGAGCGCCACGGUAAGACGGAGGCAGAACAAUAACCGGGAGCAGUGCUGGGACAUGCUCAGCUCGCCCAGCGUCGACAGCGGCCAAUUCGAAGUCCAGUGUAACGUCAUCGUCAACGGCCCUGUGCCCAGCAGCAGCAGCCCGGCCAACUCGGCUGCUGGGACGUCGCCGGGUCAGCAGCAGCAAGACGGGUGCGAAGUGGAGACGGCCGAGCCCGUCAUCCGCAUGAGCGAUCUAGCUCUGGUCCAGCGUUGCAGCACUUUACCCCGCAACUACCGCAAGCUAACCCAUCCGCAACGGCCGGAUACCGACAACUGCAGCAACACCUCUCGAGCUUCGCCCAUCUACUGCCUAGCGCCGGCCUUCCCUGGCUCCCAACUGCCGUCCAAUUUGGAAAUCCACCAGGUGACGUUGCACAAGGAUUCCGUGUACGAAGAUUUCGGUUUUAGCGUUUCGGACGGCCUGUACGAGAGAGGGAUCUACAUCAACCGCAUCCGCAAAGGAGGGCCAGCCGAUCUGUCUGGCCUUCUCCAGGCUUUCGAUAGAAUCCUUCAAGUCAAUGAUACUCGGACGUACGAUUUUGAUUGCUGUUUGACGGUGCCGCUGAUCGCCGCUGCUGGAGACACGAUCCUGUUGGUAGUCGGCCGCAACCCACUCUCCGUUCACCUGGACCUGAAGGAGAACGCCGUUAGUGGACUCAACUGGGACGAAGACGAGGACGGAAUGAUUCCGGCCGACGCCGACGAUAUGGCCACUUCGUCCGCUUUCGUCGGUGUCCGCACCAUAACGACCACACUUUAAACAAAAUGAAACACUUAUAUACAGUAUAUAAUAUUCACACACAAUUAAAAAGCAAAAAUUAAUAAAUAAAUAAAUAAAAUUUAAAACAAGAUUUGAACCAAUACCAAAAGAAUGGAGUGGACCUGAUUGUUUUUUUAAAACGUCUAAAUUGUAUAUCGCUUUAUCAUGUAUGACACCGUCUCCGCGCCUACGCAAAUAUAGUGGAAUAACAUUCAUUAUCGCAAAGCAUUUUGUACACAUACACACUCAGACACACACACAAUGAUGAACUGUUUUGAACUGUAUCAAAAGAACCACACGAUAAAAAAUGUUGUCACCGUCGUGCUUACAUAAGAUUGUCUUCCUUCCAUUACUGACACUUUCUAUCAUACUAUUAUUGUGUUUGAAUUAACCCCAUAAAAUGUCUGCGAAUGGAUUUACCUAAAUAUAUUAUCUAUUGUCGCUUG